AUGUGGUACCUUCUGGAAUGGGAGGAAAAACUAUCGGAGGAAUUUCUUAUUGAAAAUCAAGAUCUGAAAUCUUUGUUCAUUCUGGAGUACGGCUCAAGCAUUGUCUACCUUGAUGUGAGCACUUCUUCCAUUUUCCUUGGUAUAAACAAUUAUAGUACUGUACAACCGGGGCUUGUGGAGCUUCCAUACAUUGCAGUACAAGCGAUAGCAUACUCCAUUAUCACCUACUUCAUGAUGAACUAUAAAAGGACGGCUGGCAAAAUUUUCAUGUAUCUCUUGUUCAUGUUUCUUACAUUCUUAUACUUCACCUUCUUUGGAAUGAUGGUCGUGGGACUUACUCCCACUCUACAUUUGGCGGCAGUUUGUGCCACUGCAUUUUAUGCAACAUGGGAACUAUUUUCUGGCUUUCUUAUCCCGGUUCCGAUCAUCCCUCCAUGGUGGGUAUGGCUCUACUACAUCUGCCCGGUCGCUUGGACUUUGCGCAGCAUAAUAACAUCCCAACUAGGCGACGUAGAGACAACAGUCAUCGCAACGGAUUUUCAAGGAACAGUUAAGGAGUUCAUCAGUCACCAAAAGCUGCUUUCGGAGGGACCCGGCCACGACGGGAAGGUCUACGGUCUCGCCCGCCGGAAGACGAAGACAAAGACGAAAUCUAGGAAGAGGAAGAGGCCUUCCGGGAGUGAGAGAGAGGACGAGGGACAAAGUAGGGAGGAGAGUGAGAAUGUAAUGGAUUGGUGA